UCCUCACAUGCCGUACAACGCACACAGUCAACAGGGUGGACGGGACGCACACGGAACAUCACCGACAAGCGGACAACAACAACAAACCAGAAGGAGCCGACGCGCUGCGGACACUCACACACGUUUGUUUUUGUUUGUUUUUUUUUUAAAUUUGUGUUUUAAAUGAAAGGCCUUUUUUAGUAGAAAGUUACUUUUUCUGUGCGUCUGUUCCUUUUCGGACCGGCUUGGGAUGUGACUUCUCAGUACUUUUACGCACAGGCGCUCCAGUGUUUUCCUUGACGCGCAGACGCAUCUUGUGUUUCCAAAAAAAAAAAACAAAAAAAAAAAAAAACCCAAGUUGUCAGUUGUGGACCAACACAUCUGUCACAUUUACGUGACUUUUUUUUUUUUUUUUUUUUUAAACACUUGGCUCCGUCACCUCUCGAUCAUGGCGGAAGCGGCGCAGCAGCAGCCACACCUGGUGGAAAUCGACCCGGAUUUCGAACCACUUUCGCGGCCCCGGUCGUGCACUUGGCCCCUACCCCGGCCGGAGUUCAUCAACCCGGGGGAUUCGAACACGUCGUCGCCGGUUCCGUCUGUGAAGCAGGAGCCGGCCGGUAACGCAGAGUACAUCAACAACCUCAGCCUCCUGGAGGAGACUGAGGACUUCACGGAGCAGGAGAAUGUCAUCCUGUGCGCUGAUUUCCAGUGUCAGGAGAAUUGCGCGCACCAGCAACAUCCACAUCAACAUCAGCAGCAACAUCAGCAACAACAGCAGCAUCAUCAGCAGCAGCAACACCAGAACCCGCAGCUCCCUCCUCCUCCUCCUCCUCCUCCUCAGCAGCAGCAGCAGCAGCAGCAGGUGCCUCUCCUCUCCUCUCCCGCCGGAUCGUCGUCUUCAGCCGCCGCGGCCGCAGCUGCAGCCGCUGCCCAGAGGAAGAGCAGCUCCUCCCGGCGAAACGCAUGGGGGAAUAUGUCAUAUGCAGACCUCAUAACCAAAGCUAUUGAAAGUUCCCCUGAGAACAGACUAACUCUGUCUCAGAUUUAUGACUGGAUGGUGAAGAGUGUGCCUUAUUUUAAGGACAAAGGUGACAGCAACAGCUCUGCAGGAUGGAAGAACUCCAUUAGACACAACUUGUCGCUCCACAGUCGCUUUGUCCGGGUUCAGAAUGAGGGGACGGGGAAGAGCUCCUGGUGGAUGCUGAACCCGGAAGGAGGGAAAAGCGGCAAAUCCCCUCGACGUCGGGCGGCCUCCAUGGACAACAACAGCAAGUUCACCAAGAGCAGAGGCAGAGCUGCGAAGAAAAAGCUGUCCCUGCAGGGCGGACCUGAUGGAGGUGCAGACAGCCCUGGUUCUUACUCCAAGUGGCCUGGCAGCCCCAACUCCCACAGCAACGACGACUUUGAUGCAUGGAACAGCUUCAGGCCCCGGACCAGCUCCAAUGCCAGCACUUUGAGCGGCCGCCUCUCACCCUUCAUGCCUGAGGACGACCUGGGGGAGGCAGAUGUACAUAUGGGCUACCCAGGAGCACCGGGGGCCAAGAUGACAGCCACGCUGCCCAGCCUCACAGAGAUGACAGGCUCUCUGGGACACAGUUCAGAGAAUGUCAUGGAAAACCUUCUAGACAACCUGAACUUGCUCUCGCCCAACACCUCUCAGGUUGGGGGAGGGGCUACGACCCCCGGGUCCACUCAGUCUUCACCCUCUCCCAUGAUGCAGCCGAGCCCUGGGUACCCCGCGUACAGCUCUCCCAGCAUGGCCUCCCAGCCUCAGCAAGACUACCGGAAGUGUGUUUACGGCCAAGCAGGGAUGAACUCCCUGCCCUCCAUGCCACUGCAGACACUGCCAGAGAGCAAGCCCACGUUUGGGCCCAGUUUGAGCCAGUACACCUGCCCCGCAGGGCUCCUGAAGGAGCUGCUGACAUCAGACAACGACCAGCACACGGAGCUCAUGCCGUCAGUGGACACUGUGGUGUCGCAGUCCAGCGGAGGCUGCAUGCUGCCGCCUUACAGCAGCAGCCAGCACACAGCCAAACUAAUGGGAGGAGGCAACGGCCACCCCCACGGCCUCUCACACCCCCACCCCCACAAUAUGCACAGCCAACCCCCGACCACAUCCCCGGCUAUGAACGGCCGUUUGCUCAUGUCUCUGAGCCACAGUGGGGGCUCCACACGUUUGCCUACAGUCAAAAGCCCUAUGCAGAUGCCUUACGGCCUCCCGGGCCACCUCAGCGGUGGGGUCAUGCCUGGGGGCUUCUGCCCUCUCAACACCAACGGCUACGGGCGACCGGGUCUGCCACCGCCCUCACACCCAGAGAAACUACCCAGUGACCUGGACGACAUGUCCAUCGAGAAGUUUGAAUUCGACAUGGAGACGGUCCUCCAUGACACUCUGAUGGACGGGGACUCUCUGGACUUCAACUUUGAGCCAGUGGUGACCCAGCAGGGUUUCCCCCACGGGGUGAAGACCACGACACACAGCUGGGUUUCGGGGUAGAACCUAAAAACAGACUUCUUGUUCAGUAAAGGACACAAUCACAACACCUGUAAGACGAAACUGUAUCUCAGGAUACUAAGUCUUCAUCCCAGCAACCUCGCCUGCAGAUUCUGUACCAUCGACAUUUCUGUUUCCAAAAUCCUGUUUCCAGAUCACCUCAGCAGAGACUGGUUCUGAUCUACUCUAUACUCUCCGCUAGGGCCCCUGAACUGUUCGACAAGAAGUCAUGCUUAUUUUUGAAUAUAAAUAUUGUGUACAAACUUAAGUGCCAAACAUUUUUGCCUUAAUGUAAAAGCCAAACUCUGGUUUCCUCACCAAGGUUACAGAAAAUAUACAACGGUCGUGUCUGUGAAUUUUUACAGGUGACACUGCCAACUACAUCUCAUCAGCAUCAAAAGCACAAUCCACAGAAGUGCACAAACUCAUCCCAUGCUGUUUACUUUGUGUUUGUAUGUACAGUGUAGUGAUAAUUGAUUGCCACUACGGACGAAUUAUGAAGGUAAUAAUAUGGUUCAUGGGUUUGUGGACUGAGGGGAGGCCUGUCAUCGUUGUUAAGUGUCAGACUUCUCACGGGAUCCUUGGACGAUGUUACAUAAUAACUCACUUUGUUGUCACCUGAAUGUACAUAAUGUUGUCAGACGGUUUGCAAAAUCAGGUCUGUGAGUGUAUUUUCUAAGACUGUAAAUAGUGUUUACAGAGCAGAAGCAAAAAUCGAGGCAGCGGAGAUGGAAAACUGGAUCACUUUCAAUUAAAUGCAGAGCGAACGGAACCUGUUUGAGGAUCUUUAUUCAACCAGGCUGUAAACAUGGUUCUACACUUUCUGGUUUCUUGUACAUACAUUAAGAAUGUAUAUUAAAAAUAUGUAGUGGAUGUUUACUAGAUUGAGUAUAUAUUUGAGACCUAAAUUAUUUGUGGUUAAUAUAGAUUUAUGCUGGUGCAUAACCUGCUCACAGAUAUCAGAACUGUUCCUUAGUUGUUUGUUGUCUGAACCUCUAGACCUUAAUACCACAGGGGCCUAUUUAUUGUGCCUAACAGAGUAGAUAUCGACUGCAGGCUUGAAGGGUUUUUUUAUUGUAAAUGUCUACGGUCCAGAAGAUACUCAAAUGCAGCAGUUUUUGAAGUAACAGUGAAUUCUUUACUUUCAGCGCCCAGCUUACGCUUUUCCUCAGAGACGAGGGACUAUUCGCUGUUAUUGAUCGGACUUUCCUGAGCGCUUCGAGGCACUGUGAACAUUACGAGGUCAAGGCGGGUUUGGGCGGAUCAAAGAUAUUCUCAGUGCUGCUGCUGCUGCUGUUGUCGUUGUUGUUUGGUUUUCUCACGAGGGGAUUGAGUCCAGGACACUGUGAGUUACCGCUUCGCAACGCGUUUGACUUUUGUCGUGCGACUGACUUCGGUUAGCUCGGUCCGACUUCUUCGAGGCCAAAAGAGCCGUCUGAUGCUGUCAUGUCAGUAGGAUCAGCUUUAUAAUGAGACUCCACUUUUCACACUGCCCCUCCUACCUCUAUCUAUACCUUGCGUCUUUUAAAACAGUAACAUGUGACUUGAUAGCAACGAUCUUUUUAUAUAUAUAUAUAUAUAUAUAUAUAUAUAUAUAUAUAUAUAUAUAUACAGUGGUGGGCAAAAAUUUUAGAACACUUGUCAAAUCUUAAGAAACUGGUGGUUUAU